UAAGCUUAUUCUUUUAUAAUUUUCACUCUUUUUCUCCUCAAUCAAAACAUCCACUUUCAAUCCAAAAAGCCUCAAAAUCCUUCAAUACAAAAUAAUUGUUUUCAAUAAAUCAUUCUGGGCCUAAAAUAUCUUAUCUUUUCAAAGUUUAUCAAAACCAGAAAACAAACACAGUCGAAAAAAUGUCAAUUUUAUCACCAAAUUCUCAUCUUCUUUACCGAGAACUCCAUCACAGAGACCUGCAACAGCCACAACAACCAAAUUGGAGUAAUGGGUGUUGCUCAAAUCUCACAAAAACUUGUGGGUUUGGUUUUGAUCGAAUAAAAUUUGAUCAAUCAAAGAGAAUUGUGAAAAGAGACUGUAAAGCUGCAGCCUUUUGGGACCUGUCAAGACCAGCUUUUGUGGAAAUGGAGCCGAUCACUGAUUCUGAUCAUCUGGAUAUUAUUUUGGAAAAAGCUAAACAAGCUUCUCAACCCAUUCUCAUUGAUUGGAUGGCUACUUGGUGCAGAAAAUGCAUAUAUUUGAAGCCUAAAUUGGAAAAAUUGGCAGCAGAAUAUGAUACCAAACUCAAAAUUUAUUACGUGGAUGUGAAUAAAGUACCACAAACUCUCGUGAAACGUGGGAAGAUAUCCAAAAUGCCAACAAUUCAGUUGUGGAAAGAUGGCGAGAUGAAAGCAGAAGUAAUUGGCGGGCAUAAAGCAUGGCUUGUGAUCGAAGAAGUUAGAGAAAUGAUCAAGAAUUUUGUAUGAUUUUUUCUUUAUUUUCGGUUAAAUUUUUGUUCAUGUAUAUUUUCAUAUCAUAAAAUAACCAAUAUUUAUGUACAGUUUUUUAAUUCGUUUUACCAGUACGAUAUGUAUUCUUUUUGUUCCAAA